AUGUCUAACAUCAGUAUCUAUGCAAUAGCAACAAUAUUAGCUAUUCAUACAAUUAUCAAUUGUCUUACUUCGACAGUUGGUCAAUAUGUAUAUCGAUACUAUUUAGAAAUCUAUCCGAAUUCAUCAAAUUAUACAGUAACAAAUGCAUAUCAUGCAUUCUAUGUUGUCGAUGUCAAUACAAAUGAGACAAGUACGUGUUCACAUAAAAAUAUAUCUCGUGAUGGCGAUGCGCAGACAUGGGCACAACAAAGUUCAGCCGAGUUAUUCUUUUGGACGAGUUUAGUGAGUAGUUGUCCAGUUAUUAUUAUGACUUAUGUUCUCGGUUUAUACACACCACAAUUGGGAAAACGUGUUGUACUUUUAAUACCAAUGUUAGGCUCGACUAUUCAACUUAUUCUUUGGCUAUUGAUUAUCUAUUUUCGUCUAUCCGAGCUUUGGUGGUAUACAGCAGCAUUUAUAAAUGGUCUUUCGGGUGCCGGAGGUGUUAUCAGUUUAACUUUAACAUUAAUUAUUACUGAAAAUACACCUGAAAAUGAACGUUCAUCGCGUUUCGUACGAUUUGGCGCCAUGCAAACUGCAAUAGCAGCAAUAGCCACAUUGACGAUUGGUUAUUAUAUAAGUUGGCGUGGAUUUAAUGAUUUAUAUUGGAUGGCUCUUACAUUACAAAUAUUAGCAAUCGUUAUCGUCCUACGAUUUCUUAAAGGACUUGAUAAUCAUGUUGAUGAACGAACACAUCUCUUAUCAUCAUCAUCAUCGAAUGAUGAAGUCACAGUAGUCGAACCAGUUAAUUGGCGUAAUUUUUUUAAAGUUUUCACAGUACUUCACUCCAAUCAAAGAUCAAAGAAAAAAAGAAUCAGUUUAUUCUUAACAUUAUUUGCCAAUGGAUUUUUUACAUUAGGAUCGGCAUGUUUUGCACCAUUAUUAUUCUAUCUACUGAAUGCACCUUUUUGUUGGACAUCAAAAGAUAUUGGCAAAUUUUCAGCAUUAAACGCUCUUACUUCUGCAUUUCUUAGUCUAUUGGGUAUGAAUAUAUUAACCUAUUUUGGAGUUAUUGAUGUAACGAUAUGCGCCAUAAGCCAUGUGUUUUUCUUUGCAUCAGCAUUAUUGGUAGCUUUUGCAAGAUAUGAUUGGCAACUAUUUCUUAGUUUAUUGCUGAAUGCAUUUUCGGGUUAUCAAGGAACAUUGACAACAUCAAUGAUGUCGAAAUGGUUGAGUAGCUAUGAACAAAAUAAUGCAUUUACACUUGUAACCGAAAUAAAUACGAUAAUAACAACAUUUGGAACUGCAUUUUUCAAUUGGCUUUAUGCACAUACAGUUAUCUAUCAACCAAAUCUUGUAUUACUUAUUGCAGCUGGUCUUAGUGUUAUUCCUUUUAUUUUAAAUAUAUGUUUAUUCAUAGUAACUCGAAAAAUGCCCGACGAUGACGUACUUUCAACUGAUAAAAUAGAAUCAGAACCGUUCCAUUCAGAAAACAAUACACUUCCACAUGCUGAUGAUGCUGCCUAUUUGAUUAUUCCGUCUCAAUCAUUGACUACUACAGUACAGACGCCAUCAAGUGAAAGAUAUCAAAGUGAUCCUACUUAUGACAAUCAAACGCAACAUAUAAUGAAUCCUACAAACAAUGAUUUGGGUAUUCUGUGA